AUGCCCAAGUCCUCGACACUGUCGCUGGCUAUGCGGGGCAAGCCAAAGAACAAGGACGACGCCAACGGCCCUAUGAGUCCCAAAAGUCCGAGGUCGCCAGAUAUGCCUGAAGACCUCGACUAUGCCGCUCCCAAUGCCUCGUUUCAUAGCAUGCCACAGUCACCAGCCUCACCGAAGCCUCGCAAGGACUCCAAGAGCAUCUUCUCCAACUUUAGCGCCAACAAAUCGUCGUCACGCCUUAACAGCCAGGGGAACUCGAUACGGCAGCUUCCUGAACAACAACACUCGCCCAGUCUAUACUCCAACGGGCGCAGCGGGGCUUCGACACCAGACCUCGGCCGCCCCGUGCGCACCCCCAACUCGGAUGGUAUGGCUACAGUAGCCCAGACAAACAGCGUGUCGCUAACUGCCACAGACAACCGCUCCGAGGUAUUACGAACAGGCUCAGGCAACUCCAACGACUCCUCCGAUCCCCACGCCGACUCUUCAAAGCGCAACACUAUCAAACCGAAGAAGGGCAUUCUGAACAGGUCGAAAUCCAUCAAAGACGGCGAGAGCUCAGGUACCCGUGCAAAACUGAACAAAGCCCCACCAGGGCAACUGUCACCGGACAUUGCGGGCUCGUGGACGACGAAUGGUGAUGGCCCGCCAUUGAAGCCGGCACCCAUGGACAAAGGUCAAUCAUGGCGAGGCAUAGGCAAGCCACGAACACACUCGGCAGAUCGUCAGGACGGCUCCAAGCAGAUACCACGGGACGUCGACAACGGGCCACGAAGGGACAAGUCGGAGCAGAUAUCGCUAGCCUCGAGUUCGUACAACGAAACCAAGGGACACGGCUUCAUUUCGAAACUCGGUUCAGGAGCUCGCAACAUGGGGGAGAAGAUGGACUCUGCCCGCAAGGGCGUAUUCGGCAAACUUGGACGAAGCUCAAGCAACCAUGAGAGCCAGACGCCGAUAUCGAAUGAACCUUACGUGUGCAAAAUCAUCCACAAGCCGUUGAUCGAACAGACGAGGCUGACACGGAUAUCGACCCGUCUGGAACAGUCACGCGACAAGACUGAGUUCUGGAUGCCAGCUCUACCUUGGCGGUGCAUAGACUAUCUGAACAUGCGAGGCUGUGAAGAAGAAGGCUUGUACCGCGUUCCUGGGUCAGCCCAGCAGGUCCGAUAUUACGAACGCAAAUUCGAUGAAGGUAGGACCAUCUCAUUCAUUUCCACGACAAUUGCUCACCAAGCUACAGACCGAGACAUCGAUUUGAUCAGCGAUCCCAAUCUGAACGACCCCAACGUCAUCGGGUCACUCUUCAAGAAUUGGCUCCGACAGCUGCCAGAUGAAAUCUUUCCAAAAGCGGUCCAGACGGCAAUCCAGCAAGAAUGCCAGGGCGCCAAGACCACGCCGCAAAUGCUUAAGGAUGAGCUCUCGAAGCUCCCACCAUUCAACUACUACCUAUUGUUCGCGAUUACCUGCCACAUCAGCCUGUUGCACUCAUGUUCCGAAUUCAACAAGAUGAACUACAAUAACCUGUGCAUCUGUUUCCAGCCAGCUAUCAAGAUCGACGCCUUUUGCUUCCAAUUUCUUAUUCUGGACUGGCGAAACUGCUGGCAGGGUUGUUGGACGGAGAAGGACUUUUUGACAGACGAAAUCAACUUCCUGAACCAUGUACAAGAAGUUGAGUCCCAGCAACAGCAACAACAAGAGCAGCAACAACAGCAACAAGCACAGCACCACCUACAGCAACAACAACAGACUCCAUCCAGAAACGGCCCGCCUCAAAGCGCUGGGAGAAGUAAAGGCACGAACUCGCCCCAGGUGCCGCCUCCGAAGAAGCCGGCGACGAUGCGGAUCAUCCUCACGAGGGCUUUCAUCUGA